UAGUAACCCUCAAAUCAAAUCUCAGACCAUCCCUGGUUUUCAAAUCGGCGCGCUGCCUUUUGCCACCCACUCUCUCCACUCUCAACUCUCCAGAACUCUACUACCAUCAUCCAUCCCAGGCCCCACCACAACCCAGUGCGAUCGGACGGUGCCGGAGUCUGCAGAGAUGGGCCCACCGAAGAACGCCGCCCGUACGAUCUCUCAGGAGGCCUUCGACGAGGUGGUGAAGGAGAACAUGGAAGAUCUCGGCAUGGACCCCACCGAGGCCCUCGAAGACGCCAUCCAAACGCUAACUCUCCAGGGCGUCGAUCUCUCGGGGAUCGUGACCUGUGUCCCCGGAGAGGGUAGUGUGAAAGACAAUCCUGUGUUACAGUGCUUGGAUAGAUUGAGCCAGUUGAAUUCUAGUCCAAACAGUCAAAUUGGCGAUGAAGUUGUGGAUUUACUUGAUAAACUUACCGAGCUCUGUAAAGCCGAAGGUUCUGGGAAUGCAGCAAUAGCUUCUAGAAAUGGAGGGGUUGAAAUAGUUUGUUCUAUAUGUUCUAAGAUUGAGAUCGGGUGCGAACGCGCUGUUUUUUUGGCGUUGAGGGCAUUGGCUUCAUUGUUACAUGAUUUGCAAAGUAGAGAAGCAUUUAGGGCAAGUGGUGGACCAAAGAUUUUGGUGGGUAUUCUAACUGAUGGAUUUGAGAAUAUUGACAUAGUGAGUAGUGGUUUUUCUGUCGUUGCUGCGGCUGCAACGAGUAAUGAGGUCAUAAAGGAGUUAUUCAUGGAGUUGAAGAUUGAUGAGCUUAUUCUGCGAGUAUUGAGUGUAAAAAGGGAAGUCAGCAUUGAGAGUUUGUAUGAUGCUAUACGGGUUCUCUUAACACCUGAUGAUAAUCGUGUUUUGGCUUCACAAGUUUAUGGUUAUGCGCGGAACUUUGCUAAAAUUGGAAUUGCUGGAGCUCUGGUUGAAUCAGUACGUGCGGGGCUUAGCUCAUCUAGUCUUGUUUCAGCAAGCAUUGCUUUAAAGGCUAUCGCUGUCAAUGAUGAAAUAUGUACAUCCAUUGCCGAAAAUGGUGGAAUUGAUGCGGUUCUCUUAUGUAUUGAUGACAGUAGUGAACAAGGCAACAAAACUGUUGCUAAAGUUUGCUGUUCUUUGCUCUGCAAGUUGGCAGGAAGUGACACAAAUAAGAAUGCCAUUGUUGAGAAGAAGGGUAUGGAUAGGCUAAUGAAACUGUCAUCUAGAUUUUUUGAUGACCCUUCUAUCCUUCAAGAGAUUAUGGCUGUUAUUUCUGUACUCUCCUUAAGGUCCCCAGACAAUGCAGCCAUUGCCAUUGAAGCUGGGGCUGGAGAACUUGCCCUCCAAGCUAUGCAGAAGUUCCCUGCGGCACAGCAAAUGCAGAGGAACUCCUGUCUCAUGAUUCGGAAUCUUGUCUCAAGAAACGCAGCCAACAGAACUAUUCUGCUCAAUAGCGGUAUCGAGAAACACAUAAGGAUGGCCAAGCAAAACCAUGUAAGUUGUAAGGAAGCCGCUACCGAUGCAUUGAGGGAUCUGGGACUUGACGACUACAACAUGUAAACCUUCAAAGUGCAUAUACUCCUGUUUCUUGAACCACAAUUUUGCAUGCUUAGAUUAUCUUCCCUGUUUGCUUUAGCAUUUGCAUGAGCGCUACUUUAAUGUAUCUUUUGUGACAGUAUGUUGUUACAGCCUUUUAAUUGGCCCUGUUGCUGAAGAUGGUACAACAGACAGGAAUCUUUAUUUUUCCUGAAAUUCCUUUUUA